AACCACCCUCCUCCUCCUCCUCCUUCUCUCCUCCUCCUCUUCCUCCCCCCUCCCUCUAACCCUUUCCCCCUCCCGGCUCUUUAAACGGGAUUCCGGCUCGGAGGGCCGCGGGACGGCAUCCCCGGGCAUCCCUGGCAGGUCCCGCUGCCCCCCUCCCCACUCGCAGCCCCCCCCCAGGGAAGCAAGCAGCGUUACGACCCCCCCUUUCUUCAUCACCCCCUUUCCUUCCCACCCCACCUCCCCUUUCCCCUUCGCUCCUCGCCGGUGGCUCCCCGCUGGCAAACCCCCCCCGGGGGGGCUGCGGGGAUUUCGGAGGAGCCCCCCUCCAGCUCUGUGGGACCGGGGACACCCUCUUCUUCUCCCCCUUUCCCCCCCCCCGAAGGCAGCCCCUGCGGUUUUGGGGCCGGGGGGGGGUUUGGAGAUGAGGUAGAAGCCGGCGGCGGAGCGCCCCGCCGGGCGCCGUGGCCGCGGAGAGCAUGAAGCGACGGGGAUGGGCGGCAUUGCUCGGUGCUAGAGCCCCGCAGGCAGCCGAGGUCUGAGAGGACGGUAUCCCGCAGGACCCGGAGGGGUCUGGCAUUCACCAUGGACUUGCAGCUUGCGCUCCUGUUUGCGGGGAUAAUUGCGUUUUCGGACUCGGCCAGAGGCCCCCCAAGGAUUGCCGAUAAAGUGAUCCACCGCCAGUCCGUGAGGCUAGGGAGGACCAUCAAGCUCCUGUGCCCGGUGGAGGGCGACCCUCCGCCUCUCACCAUGUGGAUGAAGGAUGGGCGCACGAUCCACAGCGGCUGGACGAGGUUCCGAAUCCUUCAGCAGGGGCUGAAAAUCAAGGAGGUGGAGAGCGAGGACGCGGGAACCUACAUUUGCAAAGCCACGAAUGGCUUCGGCAGCACCAAUGUGAACUACACCCUCAUCGUGAUCGAUGACACCAGCUCAGGAAAGAACAGCCAGGUACCUGAAGGUUCGAAUGGAGAAUAUGAAGAUCACUCUGGGAAGCAAUGGGCCCAGCCCAGGUUCACGCAGCCUGCCAAGAUGAGACGGAGAGUGAUCGCCCGUCCUGUCGGCAGCUCCAUCCGCCUGAAGUGCGUGGCCAGCGGGAACCCACGGCCUGACAUCACGUGGCUGAAGGACAAUAAGCCCCUCACGCCCCAGGAGAUUGGGGAGAACAAGAAGAAGAAGUGGACGCUGAACCUGAAGAACCUGAAGCCAGAGGACAGUGGGAAAUACACCUGCCGAGUGUUUAACAAAGUUGGAGAAAUCAACGCAACAUACAAAGUUGAAGUAAUCCAGAGGACGAGGUCCAAGCCCAUCCUGACAGGGACGCACCCCGUCAACACCACGGUAGACUACGGCGGGACCACAUCCUUCCAGUGCAAAGUCCGCAGCGAUGUCAAACCCGUCAUCCAGUGGCUGAAGAGGGUGGAGUACGGCACAGAGAGCAAGUACAACUCCACCAUCGAUGUUGGGGGACAGAAAUUUGUUGUGCUGCCCACCGGGGAGGUCUGGUCCCGUCCCGACGGUUCCUACCUGAACAAACUGAUGAUUACUCGAGCCAAGGAGGAGGACGCGGGGAUGUACAUUUGCUUAGGGGCAAACACCAUGGGCUACAGUUUUCGCAGUGCUUUCCUCACAGUUCUGCCAGAUCCCAAGCCUCCAAGUGCACCUGUGCCCCCCUCCUCGGCCAGCAGCCUUCCCUGGCCCGUGAUCAUCGGCAUCCCCGCCGGAGCCGUCUUCAUCUUCGGGACAAUCCUCCUGUGGCUUUGCCAGACCAAGAAGAAACCCUGCUCCCCACCAGCUGCUGCCCCCGUGCACCGGCCGCAGCCCCGGGACAGGAUCUGCGUCUCCCAGGUCCCUGACAAAGACUGCAUCUCCUCCAUAAACUACGAGGAAUACGUCGCCCAGCAGCAGCAUUUACUGUCCCAAGGGCCUGCACUCGCCCCAGCCAUGGCAUCCAAAAUGUACCCAAAGAUUUACACGGACAUCCAUACCCACACUCACUCGCACGUGGAAGGCAAAGUCCAUCAGCACCAGCACAUUCAGUACCAGUGCUAAGAGGGUGGCCGUGUACAGUAGCUCAUUUGGGCUUUUCCCCCUGGUACCUCAGAAGAGACUGCUCUGAGUCAGCUCACACUGCCAGCAAUAGGCAAAGCAGACAGAAAAGAUUAUAUAUAUAAUUUUAAAUAUAUAUAUACAUAUAUAUAUAAUUGUAUAUGCGUGUGUGUAUGUGUGUAUAUAUAUAUGUGUAUAUAUCUAUAUCUAUCUAUAUAAAUAUAUAUAUAAUAGAGAAAGACAGAGAGAGAAAAGAGAUUUUUUUUUUUAUUAUUGCAAUCAGGAUGUAGCCAAGGAAUAAUGAAGGAACUCCAAAUCUCAGCAGCUAGGCAGCCAUCUCCAGCAGUGGAGCCUUCCUGGAUUUUUUACUCAAGGUGGCGGCAAGUAAGACAGGAUGCAGGGAUGUGAACCACCACCUCCUUCCUCGUGUAGCUUAAAGGAGCAAGAAAAGGCAACCGUGGUGCUUUUCCAGGUGGGCAGCCCCGUUCCCCUGGCUGCUGCACAUCACUUGUUUUGGUGGGAAGCCCCCAGACCUGUCCCACUCAGGAGCACAAGGGAAAGCCUUUUCCAUCCGAGUGACUCAAGCGCUAAAGUACCUGAGGUUUAGUGCCAAAGCAUGAGGAGACAUGACCAAUUCACCUCUUCCAGGGGAAAAAAAAUAACAUGAGAGUCUGGAAAAGCUAAUUUCUGUUCACAACUUGAAAUGUUGAAUGUUUCUCAAGCGCAGUGUUUCGUCUGCAAUGCUAACUGAGCUGCUUGGUUUGAUUUCUGCAAGUCACAUUUCUCAUGGAGGGUUCUGCCAAGCAAACCUCACUGCCCCGGUCCUAGGACUCAGUGCCACUGCCAGGAAAAAGGAAGGAAGGAAGAAAGGAAGGAAGGAAAGCAAGAGGAACAUUGUACAGAACACCUUUAUAUUUAUAUUUAAGAAAUAAUAAUAAUUAAUAAUAAUAAUAAUUGAACUGCUGAUGGCGAAGAAAGCAAAACACACUGUCCUUCUCUGAUGGCUUACAGUGACAAGCUACUGGAUUUUCUACAUCAAUGCAAAAUACAUAUAAACAUUAGAAAAAGGAGAAAGAAAAAAAAAAGAGAAUGAAAUAAUAAUCUUGUAGGAAAAAUUGCAUUUGAGAAAUAUUCACCUAGGUUGUGUGUGGUUGCCCCCUCCCCACAGAUAACAGUCUGGAAAUGAUACAACUACAUUUCAGUUCAAACUACAGUAAAAACAGAAAGAAAAGCGAGUAAAUAAGGACCGUAUUAAAUACCUAUAUGGACUGGAAAUGAAUCCAAUUACAAAUAUAAAACCUUUGUAAUUCUAUAUAGAGUUUAAACAAAGUCAUGUAUAUUUAAUUUAUUUUGUUAAACAAGAAAAAAAAAUGUAUGAUAUUUUCCUCAAAACAGGCAUUUCUAUACAUAUUUUUGAUCAAAGAAAAUAAAGAUUUUUUUUUUCAGGUUCUAUAGAUGCCAUGCUCAGAAAACACUCAAUGUAGCAUGUAACCAACCAUAUUUCUCCUAACUUGGAGGUCAUCUAUCUGUAUGCUUACUCACACCAGCUACAUGUACCCUCCUAGCGUCACCUCAGGUACUGCCAGUGCCACCAUUUCCAUUAGAAAUUUGCGUUUUCCAUCCUUUAUAUUCUGAUUGUGAGUGUGUGCAGUGCCCAUAUCACUUCCCAUGGACCCCUUGUCAUCUCCAGUAGCAAAGAUCUCUGCUCACAGGGAAAUCUGUUUCACAAUGCUUUUUUAAAAAAAUGAUUUUUUUUUUUUUGGUUUUUGGGCAGGGCAUGUUGGGGGGUGGGGGAGAGGUUACAUUUGUGUUUUUUUUUUUAACCACAAACCUGCAGGGGUUUUUCUUUUCAAAAGAAAAUUUUGUAAAUCAAACAUCGUAAUUUGUGAGCCUGUAAAAUGAGCUUCAGCCUCAGGGUCCCUGGGAGGGGAAUACAUGCCACGGGGGUGAAACCCUUCAUUUGUAAAUGCUGCUGUUAGGCUAGAGGAACCAGCAAGGGUGAGCUGGGUGCAGCAAGGGGAGCGCGCGGGCAGCUGCUUCCCUCAAGAAGGAAGAUGCAAACCUUUCUGCUGCAAGUGGAGAGAGGCAGCUAACCCUGUAGUGGCCAUGAUUUUCCUUAGACAAGGCAGGUUCAGUAUCACAGCAACUGUUUGCUGUUCAAUUGUCGUUUCACGGGGAACGUGCCAAUUUUAAAGUUUGAAAUUACUUCCUUCUCAGGCCUGUUCUGCAAAGAGAAAUCUUCAGCAAACCAGCUGCUCCAGUUUAAAGUGAAACACUUCAUUUAACCUGAAACAAAACAGUGCUUUAGGCUUUUCUUUUUCUCUGAAUGUUUCCAAAAUUAUUUGCUCUGGGUUGACCUGCAGUGAUUUUUCUGCUGGUUUGUUUGGAUCAUCAGCAAACCAAACAGCUCCCUGUUUGCUCAGCCGUAGCACUGUGAGAUGGGGCCCUCAUUCAGCAAAGCACAAACGCUCCCGUUUUCCUUCACCAACACACGCUGCUCCAAAAAAUCCCCUUUUUGCCUUAGCCACCCAGGUCAGUGGCCCUGUCCCUGCCCACUGGUAGCAAGAUGGUUUUUCUGUAGAGAUUAUAACUACACAACCUAUAUAUAUACAUAUAUAUAUAAACAUAUGUGUAUAUAUAGUGGAAGCAGGAGGGUUCAGUUAAACUUUGUUAACACAAAUUUUAGAAGCCUCUAACAGUUAAGUUCAGAUCCUGGGUAUCUCUGCAUACAUCCCUGCAGCCUCACGGAAGCUUAAAUAUGAGCACUUAGGGCUCCGCUUGGAUAUAAGGCAUGAUGUAGGCAGUGUUCUUAAUGGCUAUAUUUUAUUGAGUAAUUUCAUGGAAAAAGCCAAAAAGCCUCUAUACACUAAUUGUGUCACCUUAUUUUGAAGGCAACACGUGGCUAUUCCCAUGAGAGAUUAAGGGCUACAUCUCAUAACUCACGCCUAUGGGAAGCUACUUCUUGCACUGUGGUAGGCACCAAACUACCACACAUCUCAGCAGUGUUCGGAGCCUGGCAGAUGACAGGAUUCACCUGGAAGCCCAUGGUCCUUUCUCAGCUAUCUGUAUCUGUGCUGCAGCCAGAGAACACGUGGUUCAGGCUGUGAUAGCAGUACUGAUACCAGCUUCAAAGGAAGAGGUGCAUAAUUGGUUUUAUAUGGUUCAGCUCUAUGCAAACCCUAAGAGAUGGUCUUAUGACCCUUUUUUCAAAUGGCAGCUAUAUCACUGACCCUCAGAGAGAGAGUGAGUGGGCUAAAAGAAACAAUCCUGCAUUUCCCACACGGCACAGUCUUCCACACUGAGCAUUACGCUCUCCACUGGUGCCUUCUACCCCUGUACUCCAGGCACUCAGUAGUGUUGUAUCAUGAAAUCAGCACUUCACAUAUUGCCAGAUGGCUCAGGUGGAAGAAGUGAAAGGCUUCCUCCUGCCCGUAAAAGCUCCAGCCUUUAAACACAAACCUCUAGCAAUGUGAACAGAGAGGGAACCUAUCAGUAAGCCCCCCAGCACUGGACAAUGCAAGGUCUGAACACAGCUGCAGCAAAGCCACUGCACUCAGAAGGCAGCUCUGGGGUGAGAUGCUAUAGAGGUCUCGAUUUGCACAUGUAUUGUAUAUAUUGUCUGGGUCUUGCGCUGGCUUGCUGGGCCUGGGUGGGUUUUGUGUUUCAAGGAAUUAUUUCGCCUCUAAGGAACACCCAUAAGUGCUCUUACGAGUUACUCUGUCCCAUGCCUACUGCAUGCCAUUUCUUUUUAGGGCUUGAUUGUGCCUUGCAUGUAUUGCAAAGUCUUCCUUAGCCUAAAUAAAUUCUGCCAGGUCCUGCUCAUGUCUGAUUUUUCUUUUUUUCAUCAGUGGGACAAGAUUUGAAUUCAUCUUUGCUCAUGAACACAGGGCAUUUACAGAAAACCAUAGUCUUGCUAUUAACUACUGAUCCUAUUUUGAACACAGUUUUUUAUUUUAUGCAUAGGUACUUGUAUACGUAUAGGCAUAUAGAUGUACAUGCCAGGCUGUGAUACAGAAGGCAGUUGUACUUUUAAAGCCACGGGGCUUCAAAGAUCAAAGGAAUUUUAGGCUUAAAGCUCUCCAUCUCUGUUUACUUUAUUUGCAUUACAGAUCAAACAUGGCCUUACAUGUCGGUUUGUGUGUGGCAUUUUUAAACUUUGUAUGGACAAUCCCUGUACUGUUAGCCCUUUUAAACUGAAAACCUUUAUCAGACAUUUACAAAUAAAAAGUGAUGUGAUUUUCAAACAGUGGCAAAUACAGUAACUGAAGACAUCAAAAACAGAUGGGACUGGCACAGCAUUCGUAUGGCUGUGCUGUGCAAUAAAAGCUAGAAAAAAGUAGUGCUCCUAGGUGAUAGCACUGUAUAAAUUUAACAUUUUUGGGGGGAAAGGGCGGUGGUGUAUCUGUGUGUGAGUGUGUGCACAUGCAUGUGUGUAUGUAUACAGGAGGAAUACAUGUAUAUGCUGCCAUGAUGAAGCACACAGUACUGCAGAACUAUUUUUGCACCAUGACUUGAUCUGAUGAUUUGUGUAGGUGCUAUGAAUCCAGAGGAGACUUUUUAGAGUGGUUUGGAAAAGUUUUCUAUUUUUUUAGUGAAUAAAGACUAUUUUUGAUCUCUUCACCUCCAUAGCCAAACGCCAUAGAUGCAACGAGAGCCAAACUGCAAUUAGGAAGAUGAAAAUUUAGGGUUGCUGGACUUGAUGGCAGAAAUGCAGUGUCCAGGGCAGAGCAGGGAUUUCAGGAUGAAGCCCAGCACUUCCAGCCAUUUGUGGUGAAUGUGUGGGUGCCUCACUACUCUCUCAGAGGCAGCAAAUGUCCAAGCUGUAACACUUUCAAGUUCAGCUGGCCCUCACCCAAGCUUCAUCUU